CUUCCCCCAACCCCUCUUUGCUCACUCUCUCUACGGCCUUCUCCUCCUCCUUGUUGAACUAUCUCACUGAUAGGAAAGGGAGAGAAGAAGGUCGGGCAAUAUGACGACAACGGAGAACCAAGACGUGCAAGACAACAUCCCCCCCGCCGCCGACACCGCUCCUUCGGCCGCCAAGCACACGGCUGCGGCCGCCAAAGGCCUCGACGGCCAGUCUGUCCUGAAGAGAUUGCAGUCGGAACUGAUGUCCUUGAUGAUGUGUGGGGAUCCUGGGAUAUCAGCCUUUCCAGAGGGAGACAACAUCUUUUGCUGGAAAGGGACCAUCACUGGUAGCAAAGAGACAGUUUAUGAGGGCAUGAUCUACAAACUCUCCUUUUCCUUCCCUACUGAUUACCCAUUCAAGCCUCCAAAGGUGAAGUUCGAGACUGUCUGCUUCCAUCCAAAUGUCGAUAUCUACGGCAACAUCUGCUUGGAUAUACUUCAGGACAAAUGGUCAUCUGCAUAUGAUGUGAGAACCAUACUGCUGUCAAUCCAGAGUCUGCUGGGGGAACCAAACAAUGAGUCUCCUCUCAACACCCAAGCAGCAGCACUUUGGGUCAAUCAAGAAGAGUUCAGGAAAAUGGUGGAGAAGCUGUACAAACCAGCCUAGUUCAUGGAACUCUGGCAAACUAUAUACCAGCAGCCCCAAGUUGGGGAGAUUCAUACUCAAUUCUUCCAUGCACCCCUUUGGCUUUCUUACUCCGCAUUUGUGUCACUACUGAGCUGUCUCUUUCAUAUUACAGCAAAAUAAUGUAACUUUUGUUGAUCUAAAAAAUGCUGCUUCUCUUUCUUAUUAUCCAAUAAUAUCUCAUUUCGAAGUUUAA